CUCACACUGGAUUCAAACACAGCACACACUGAACUCAUUCUGUCUGAGGGGAACAGGAAGGUGACGCGUGUGAGAGAGCGUCAGUCAUAUCCUGAUCAUCCAGAGAGAUUUGAUGAGUAUCAUCAGGUCCUGUGUAGAGAGAGUCUGACUGGACACUGUUAUUGGGAGACUCAAUGGAGUGGAGAUGCUUGUAUAUCAGUGUCAUAUAAAGAAAUCAGCAGGAAAGGAUUGAGUGAUGACUGUGAGUUUGGAUGCAAUGUAAACUCCUGGAGUCUGUGGUGCUUUAAUGACAGAUUCACUGCCUGUCACAAUAAUAACAGCACUUACAUACCUCCCCCUUCACAUGACUGUAAGAGAGUAGGAGUGUAUUUGGACUGUCCGGCCGGCACUCUGUCCUUCUACAGCGUCUCUGACACACACACACUCACACACUUACACACAUUCAACACCACAUUCACUCGACCCCUCUAUGCUGGAUUUAGAGUUUAUCCUGAUUCCUCAGUGAGUCUGUGUGAAACUGAACAUCAGAGACACACACACACAACUGGAUGAGUGAAAUAUACUCACUAUAUCAAUUACUCUCAAAUGUUCAAUUACAAAUGAUAUAAAAAUGUCUAUAUAUAUAUAUA